AUGUGUCCUCCGGCUGCAGCUGUGAUCGCGGUGCUAACCGCCUGUGCCGCGUGCGCUGCGGGGAAGAGCCAGCAGCUCAACUACCGACCCAUCAUCGGUAAGACCGGAUAGGAUGGACGGGUAUCCGCGUCGGUCCCUCUCUGUGGAGAAACCGGCUUCAGGCGACCCGUCCGAUUAUGACAUGUGUUAUGCAAUUGUCACGGAGAAUGUUCGAGAAAAGGUGUGCGUGCGUGUCCCUGCAGUGUGUUUCAGGCUGUGCGUGAGCUGUAGGAUGUGAUUUAAAGAUUUCUGAAUGAUGCAUUGUUAUUAUUAUUGUUGUUGUUGUUGUUAUGUACGUCGUUGGGCUCGGUUUCCUUCUGUCAGGGCUCCACCUGUGUGUGGUUUGCAGAAAAAAAGGUGAAUUUAGCUACAAUAGGCCACUUUGGUUUAAUACUUUAUGGGACUAUCAAUGAAAUCUGGUCCCAUUUUGGUAAACAGGGUCCUUUACAUAUUCAUACAUAAAAUUUGAUGUAAAAAAGUAAAAAAAAUCUGUUUUCCAGAGUUAUGAGAAUAAGAGAAGUUCUGUUGAGCUAAGACACUAAGUUCAGCUACAAUAAAAGACAACAACCAUUAGGAACAACGCCACUGCGAGGUCAGCUAACAGCUUUGAACCUCCUCCAUCUUUCCUUCAGACAGACUGAGUCUGUCUGAAGGAAAGAUAGAAGAGGUUCAGCACUCUGUGAGAGACUGUGUAAGCGAACAGCUCAACAGUUUCAGAAUAAAGUUCCAGAGUGGAUUUCAUCAUCUACAGUACAUAAUAUCAUUCAAAGACUCAGAGGAUCUGGAGAAAUCUCUGUACUAAAGGGACAAGGAAAUUGGAAAUCAUAGAUGCUGCAUCCUCAGUUUUAAAGAGCAGAAGGUCCACUCGGCUUCUACUUAGCUCCUAAUCUAAAGCUACUGUUCAACAGUGAAGUACGAGUGCUACUUGUGCUUCAGUGGACACAUUAUACAAUCUUCCAGAACUUUCCGAGAAAAACCAAAACAUGCAAACAUCACCAGAGAGAUACAGAUGUCUGUAGGCAUGUCAGGACUUGUAAAGGACUGGGGUAUCGGUCUGUAGCCCCCCUGGUCUUUGUAGCUUCCUAAUCCCCUCUCUGUUUUGUUGUCACUCUCUUUUGCCCUCUAGGUGUGUUGGCUCAGGAAAACCUUCCAGGGGACCAGCUUGCUCCCGCCCCCUCCUACAUCGCAGCCUCUUAUGUGAAGUACCUGGAGGGAGCGGGGGCCCGGGUUGUACCCAUCAGGUACACUGAAAUCCAACACACUGGGAUCUAACCCUGAUGACUGUCCCUGGUGUCAGUUUUCAUCUGUUGGGUGUCUGUUGAACCUUUCAGUGUUUGCUCGAAUUUGCAUGAUGCCUUCACUGUCGACACAGCCGACACACCCCUGUGACUCAAGGAUUUAUGAUCCAUUUAAGUUGUUUUGGAUUCAACAAACAUGAUGAUUUUGUUUCCAGAGAUAUUUUACACGACUGUUUGUCAGAACAAACAUCAGAUGUGUGAGAAACAGUAAAAAAAGAGCAAAGGAACCAGUUUUUCAGGCUGCUUCUGAACCUCAGCUCCACUCAGACCUAGUACACUAUGGUCUUUUGUUUGUCCUCUGAAGUUCCUGUUUGAUUUCAAAGAACAUGUGACACACAACAUUACAACACCAUGUGGUUAUUUAGGCAACAAAAGAACCACUCAGGAUACCGGGAGAAGCUGUUUCUGAUAAAACAAAAAAACCCAGAUAUACACUGUGAAGUGAAGCUGUGCCUCCAGAACCUGCAAAAAAAGUUCUGCACGACUAAAGCUCUGAAGAUGCAUGGAGCUUUAGUGGGUUUCACUAUAAACUCUGUAAGUAUGAUCAGUGGUAAUGCUGGUGCUUUCUAUCAGACAGUCUCCAAGUGAAGGUGCCAAAGUUAGCAGAACCCAGUUCCACCCAGACUGUCCAGAACAAAGAGUUACUGAUCUUCAAAACCAACAGAGUUAUUCAUCAUGUUUGUUUGACUUUGUGGGUGAGGCUUAUGGACCGUUUACUCAGAGGUCAUCCCCCUGACUAACUAACACUAAUUAGUCAGCAAAUGUAGGAGCAGCCGUGAAGUCCACUAGGGUCCCUGGGUUUGUACCGGACUCCUUGGACUUUCAGUUAUGGUGGUGAAGAAGGAUUUUAUGUGGAUGCAGUCUAUGCAAAGGAAUCUGUGCAAACAGUUUAUAACCAAACAAAUUUGGUCUUGCUGGUAAUGAUCUGUACCAAGAUUAAAUUCUGCAGCAGUGAUGUUCAGAGAGCUUGAACUGCUCCAAGUAAAUUCCUCAAACCAAGAGCUUCACUUUUAUUUUUCUUUGAAAAGUGUCUGCCUCUUAAGUCUGCAGUGACCUGUUAUGAUUUUAACAUCUUUAAAUUUUACAUGUUGUACUCUUUUUGUCUCUUUGUGCCUCAUUCUGUUACCAGAAUCAACCGGACAGAAGAAGAAUAUAAGAAGAUCUUCUUUUCAAUCAAUGGGUGAGAUGAACCGCAUGUUAUGUCUCUUAAAUGCAGACCUAAACAUACAUAUCUAUCAUUGGACAUAUGUUAGAAGUUGACCUUUUCCCAGCAUGCAGUGUUUGUGUCAAACCCUAAACUGUCUCCUCAGGCUGCUGCUGCCAGGUGGAGAUGUAGACAUUCAGACGUCACAGUUCACACGAGCCGCCAAGUUCUUCUAUGAGUUGGCUCUGAAGGUGAGUCCGUGUAAAAGUAUGUAACAGUCCGCCCUUAAAGGGAAACAGUAGAAGAAGAAAUCAUCCACAGCUUGGUCAGUUUGGUCAGUGUUAUUUCUUCUUCCUCCUGCAGGCCAACAAUAACGGAGACUUCUUCCCCAUCUGGGGGACGUGUCAGGGCUUCCAGCAGCUGACCGUCUUCACUGCUAACAAAAACCUGCUCACCCUCACCAACACCAAGUCUGUGGCUCUGCCUCUCACCUUCACACCAGGUAAUCUCUUCUUUGCUUCGGUUAGACUGACUGUACUCAGUUGCACCACCUUGAACCCAACGGCAGGAAGAUGUAGGGGAGCAACCCCACCAUCUUCUAGGUCAGUGGUUUUCAACCGGGGGGACACAAGCACAGAAUGGGAGACAAGGGAGCGCAGACUUACUGGCUAUUUGUACAAAGGAGAUGUAGCAGAGUCCGAAGCAGUUGGACUAUAGACCAAUUUACAGCUUACCUCAUCAAGAAGCUGCCUGCACAGCAUGGCAAGUGUCAAUAAAAGUAGCCUACUGUUUGCCCCAGCCACUCAAACGACCAAGCAAGCAGGACAAGCGUCCUGCUUAGUCCAACCGGUGACGAUCAGUCUCUACAGGGAGAGAGGCUCACACACCGAGGAUCUUUCACAAGGUUACGUUACAUCAUAUUAACUGUAUAAACUUCAUUACCAGAAUCUCCCUCAGUAACACACCUGUCUCCUCUCAUCCACACAGACACACCUGUGUUCAACAAGCUAUAGCUUUUUACAGCAGCUCAUUGCACCACACCACUGUUUAACAGAGAUCUGAUAUAAAAUAACAGACGAAACAUGACCUCAAAACACAUAAAACGUCCUGAUCUCAGUCCACCUCACAUCCAAGCAGAGACAUAACUGAUCAAACCUUCAGGAAAAUUUUCUUACCUUCACUCUGGAGUCUAAAACAGUCAGCAUUGUCUGUCAGAUUAUUAACCUGAGGCCUAUUCUACGAAGCAAGUUCAACCUUGGAGCUACCUCGCUCAACUUAGCGCGGUAGCCAGCGGUCUCGCUAAACGGUCUUACGACACUGGUUAUCAACCUCGUAAGUGGAUCCAGCUUUGCUAUGAGCAUGUGCACGCACGUAAGGCGGAGCCCGCCGCAUCUGACCAAUUGCAAAUGUGGACCAGUCUGGAGCAUCACAGCAGGCCAGAGAGCGAAGGACCGCGUACUUUACAAACGAGGACUAGGAGACGAUCAUGAGAAAGUAUGAAGAAUUCAAAUCUAUCAUAAACCUCAAAAGCGACACCGUCGCCGCUGAAAAAGCACAGAAAAAUUGCAGACAGUCUCAAUGUGUAAGUAUAGUGAGCAAAAAAUCUUUGAUGCCAUUAUCACCCUGAAAUAGCACUGUUCAACAUGCGCUUUUAACAUGCACCAGACAUGUCUAAUUAAUUUCCAAGAUGAAUUCAUUCAUUUGUUCAUUCCUAUCAUGUUUACAUUUUUGUGUGAUAUGUCGGCCAUAUGAGCCUUUCAUAAAGGUGGUCAUCCAGAAAAGUAAGUGGGUCCAUGCGGUCCCUGAAAACUCUCGUGUGCCGGAGUGCUCCUCAGACAAUGCAAGCACCGAGGUCUAUAGGAUCCUCCAAGAACGGACAAGCCAUUUUUCGAGAGAGCUCAUUGGUCAGUGGGUGGGGUUUUUAUACUCAGUGAGUUCAAUCUGGAACCUAACCUGCCCCGGAGCAGGGGCCUAUUCUACGAAGCAAGUUCGACCGAGCGAGGUAGCCUUGGAGCUACCUCGCUCAACUUAGCGCGGUAGCCAGUGGUCUCGCUAAACGGUCUUAUGACGCUGGUUGUCAACCUCGUAAGUGGAUCCAGCUUUGCUAUGUGCGCGUGCACGCAUGUAAGGCGGAGCCCACCGCAUCUGACCAAUCGUGAACAUGGACCAGUCUGGAGCGUCACAGCAGGCAGGAGAGUUAAGGACUGUGUGCUAAGUGGGUCAGUGUGGUCCCUGAAAACUCUCGUGCGCCGGAGCAUUCAUUGGACAAUGUGAGCACUGAGGUCGAUAGGAUCCUCUAAGAAUGGGGAAGCCAUUUUUGAUAUAGCUCAUUGGUCAGUGGGUGGGGUUUUUAUACUCAGUGAGUUCAAUCUGGAACUUACCUGCCCUGGAGCAGGUUAGCUGUUCAGCGUACAUGGCCAUGGAGGCUCGCCUCGCUAAGAAGUGAACCCCGGACGUAGAACAGGAAACCCCGAACUUAUCCUUGGAGUUACCUCUCUAAGCAGUAAUCCUGCUUCAUAGAAUAGGCCCCUGUUGGAGCUGGAUAAGUGAUUCUGACUGUUUUGGACACCAGAGACAAGGGAAGAAAUUUUUCCCCCCGUUAUUUUGUGUCAGAUCUCUGUUAAACAGUGGUGUGGUGUAAUGAGCUGCUGUGAAAGCUAUAGCUUGUUGAACACAUGUGUGUCUGUGUGGCCCACUUGAGAACCUCUGUUCUCGGUAAUAAGGAAAUGAGAUGGGGGGGCCGACCCUUGUGGCUCUUCGGGCGCUGGUUGUACAAUAUAACUUUAACAGACAGUGGUAAAAUCCCCUUCAUGGGAAUCCUGCUGGUAAUUUGCUCAGAGUCACUAUUUCCUUCAAGGACUCAGGCAGUCAAACUGGGAGCCUUACCUGGCUCAUAUCUCCUGGUGCCAAGAGCCAUUUAUUUUCAUUGUACUGAAAAGUUUUGAGGAGUUUGUGUUUAACUUUUUUAAUAAACUUUUCUUCAACACUGCUGAUGAAAUCAUGCAAUAGAAACUUUAUCAAAUGUGUUCACAUGAGUCUAGUCAGUCUUCUGACCAAACAGGAGACGAUGACUUCCUGAAGUGACUUUUUGUCUCACUUCAUGAAGAGAUUAGAUCUCAACAUCACCACAAACAGUGAAAAUGCAUUUUUCUGUGGUUAAAAGUCAAGACAGGGACACUCUGAUGUCUCUACAAGUCCAACCCACAACCAAACACCUGAGGACUGUUAGGCCAGAUUACUUUUAUGAGUAGUAACAAACCUAAAAAGACCAUGAUAUAGAAACUGACUAUCAAUCCUCCCCCUGAUCUUUGAACCACAUCUUCAAAUCCUUCUCACAAAGUCACAAACUUUGGAGAGUAGUUGUGGUGUAACUCUCAGAGACAGGAACUUUUUGAGACACUAUGACACCAUGACCCUUACCUGGCUCACACCUCCUUCAGUAACGGGUCAAAACCCAUUUCUGGGCAGGUCUCCUAUCAGAGCCCGGUGAAACAAACCCUCGAACACAAACAGCCCUUGCCCUUGAUUGUAUUUAUCUUAUAAACUUUGGUUGAAGUGUUGACCCGGUUCACUUAUACCCUCCUGGAAAGUUUUGGAAAUGUCCUGAUGAAGUUUAGAAUGUUUUUUUCACUGAAACGCAGUGAAGUGUUCAAUAAAUUCAAUGAGAUAUUAGUGUAAAGUUGAUAAUCUGGUGCAUCAACAGUCAAUGAAACAAACACUUAAUUGUAAGUGCACUUUUCAAAAACUAAAGAGUGUGUCACUUAUUUUUAGAUGUUUACCUUCUCUGUGAUUUAAGGAGCUGAUUAAAGCUAACCAUCAAUCUGUCAUGGCUGAUAUUCAGACACUUGUAGAGUUUGGAUGGAUGUGAAAAGAGGGAUUCAUUUAUCUGAAUCACAACACACUCAAGUUUAAUUUUCAUUCAGUAAGACCUGACUUGUAUCUUACAGGACACUCAGUGGUUCAUGACUCUCAUUUUGCACAUUUGGUAUUCAGAUGAAACACUCUCAUCUCUGUUAGAUAAACUGUUGCUUCCUCAUUGUUGCAAAAGAGUCAUGUUGGUCUGCAGCAGUGCAGAAACUUCUCAUGAUGAAGUUGUGUUUGCAACAUCAUCAGACUAACUAGGAACCCUGACUUAAAAACCUCACCAGAAAACUCGUGCAUGACGUAAAUGAAAAGUUGUAAAGGGGUUCAUAGAUUUGUUAGACACUGGUUUCAGUCGUGAUGGUUUCUGGGUCUCCUGGUCUGAAUCUUCCUCCUUUUAUUAUCUGUGUCCCUCCUCUAGCGGCAAACUCCAGCCGUUUGUUCCAGAGUUUUCCAAAAGACCUGAUGCAGUCUUUGUCCGAGGAGAACAUCACCGCCAACUUCCACAGCUGGAGUCUGUCCAUACAGGUAACCGACUCUGUCCCUUCCUGGACUCUAAAAGACUUUGGUUUGAUAAUGCAAAGAUUUCAACCACCUGAGUCUUACCUGGGGCCUAUUCUAUGAAGCAGGAUUACUGCUUAGCAAGGUAACUUCAAGGGUAAGUUCGGGGUUUCCUGUUCUACGACGCGGGUUCACUUCUUAGAGAGGCGAGUCUACAUGGCAACAUACGCUGAACAGCUAACCUGUUCCGAGGCAGGUUAGGUUCCAGUGAGUAUAAAAAUCCCGCCCACUGACCAAUGAGCUCUCUCGAAAAAUGGCUUGUCCGUUCUUGGAGGAUCCUAUGGACCUUGGUGCUCGCAUUGUCCGAGGAGCACUCCGGCGCGUGAGAGUUUCCAGAUGACCACCUUUAUGAAAGGCUCAUAUGGCCCACAUAUCACACAAAAAAUGUAAAAAUGAUAGGAAUGAACAAAUGAAUUAAUUCAUCUUGGAAAUAGAUAGAUAGAUAGAUAGAUAGAUAGAUAGAUAGAUAGAUAGAUAGAUAGAUAGAUAGAUAGAUAGAUAUACUAUGUCUGGUGCAUGUUAAAAGCGCACGUUGAACAGUGCUAUUUCAGGGUGAUAAUGGCAUCAAAGAUUUUUUGCGCACUAUACUAACACAUUGAGACUGUCGGCAAUUUUUCUGUGCUUUUGCAGCGGCGACGGUGUUGCUUUUGAGGUUUUAGAUAGAUUUGAAUUCUUCAUUACUUUUUCAUGAUUGUCUCCUGCUCCUCGUUUGUAAAACACGCGGUCCCUCGCUCUCUGGCCUUCUGUGACGCUCCAGACUGGUCCAUGUUCACGAUUGGUCAGAUGCAGCGGGCUCCGCCUUACAUGUGUGCACGCGCUCAUAGCAAAGCUGGAUCCACUUACGAGGUUGACAACGAGCGUCGUAAGACCGUUUAGCGAGACCGCUGGCUACCGCGCUAUGUUGAGCGAGGUAGCUCCAAGGCCGAACUUGCUUCGUAGAAUAGGCCCCUGAUCUGUCUAUGUGCCUUUGUGUUGACAGAACUUCACCAGAAACUCUAAGCUGAAGAAGUUCUACAAAGUUCUGUCCACCAACAACGAUGGGAAGAGAGAGUUCAUCUCCACAAUGGAAGGUAACUUUCAUCAGAAGAAACACAAACCUUUCUGACAAAUCCAACAGAUCAGAGAUGCAUGAAAACAGCAUUUAAGAUAAACUUCCUACAGCUUUAGUCUGAUAUUAUGAUCCAGGUUUACUCACUUCUCAGCCGUGCAGACAACAGAGUGCAUGUUCUCAGCUGUCCACUAGAUGGCUCCCUCGCACACUAAACCAGAGCUGUUGGUGAAGCUCACUGACAGCAGGAAGUUGUUUUGUACCCUGAUGUAUUUCUGGUUUUCCUCAGCAAAACACUACCCAUUCUACGCAGUGCAGUGGCAUCCAGAGAAGACACCCUUUGAGUGGAUCAAUAAACCCGGGAUGGUUCACACCACAUCCGCUGUGGCGGCCAGUUUCUACACCGCUAGAUUCUUCAUCUCUGAAGGUUACUCCCUGUUUCUGUCUGUCCUGAAAACAGUUCGAACUUCACCAUUCUUCACUCUCUUUAUUUACAUUUUCCAAGCUUAAUGCGGUCAACCUUUUUUAGGCCGAGGUCAAGAGAUUAUGAGGAGAAAACUGACCUCCUGUGAUGCUGUGCUUAUCAGAUCAGAGGAUAAAUGACAUGAUAAAACAGCAAAUACAAACACAUGAGUAUUUCAACUGUUUAUAACUUUGAACGUCAGCUUCUCCUGACUGUAGUUUAAAGGCUGGGAUGGAGGUGUAGUGGUUCCUUCUUCUACCUGUAAAUGCAGAUUAUCAGCGUCCACUGGUAUAUUCUCACUUUUCUACAACAGAAGGAGAUAAAGAUAUGUUGUCCAUCUUUAUAAGAAAUAGGUUGACCUGGCCCACACAUUUAAAGGACUUCUUCUCUGUAGCUGAUGGUGCAGGGUUUUCACAGUGAUGGGGGUGCAGAUAGUGCCUCAUUUUCCGACCUUAACAUUUAUAUCUAAAAUGUACUCAUAAAAUUUCAGAGCGGAUACUCCAGAGAAAAUCUUCAGAUGCAGAGAUCACUGAUAUUUUCAGAAAGUGAGAGUAAGAGUCGACAAGUGUUGGAUUGUCUGGCUCAUCUCCUGGUGCAGAACAAUUCCUGGAGAUCCCUUUCUCUUCCUGUUUUUGUUUCAAUUAUUUUUUAUUUGUGAAGUCCAAUCUUACUGCUCCAAGUUACUUUAAAAAAUCAAUACUUAUCAAAUUAAUUUCAUUUAAUGGGCCUAAAAGCAGAGUUUCUGUUUUUUUUCUCAGGGUUAAUCACACUAUCGUCACUAGCAGACAGAGUUUGAAAAGUUGUAACUGCGAUGCAGAUCUGUCAUUUUUUUCUCAGUCAAGUAAGUUUAAAAUGAACCAGAAAGAUUGAACUGGUCUUGUGCUUGAAUCACAUAAGUCUCUCUCUCUCUCUCUCUCUCUCCCUCCCUCCCUCCCUCCUGCAGCCAUGAAGAGCCAACACCAUUUCUCAGACCUCGUGGAAGAGGAGCGAGCUCUCAUCUACAACUACUCUCCAGUCUACAAAGGGGUCCACGCCAUCUUUGUGCAGAACUACUACUUUGAUUGA